GUGAGGACGGGGUGACACGAGGUUCCCAAUUCGGAGAGAAGGAAGUGGUAGAGGGAGAUCUGAUUCAAAAGAUUUGAUUUUGAAGUGCAUCUUCUCCAUUCUUGGGGUUUGCUUGAAACCCAGAAGGCAUAUACCGCGGCUGCCUUACAGUUUGGUUAGGAAAUGGGUUUGUGGAGACUGUUGGAAGGCUUUCUUCUUCUUGCUAAUGCUUUAGCAAUAUUGAAUGAAGAUCGUUUUCUUGCAUGCAGAGGAUGGAGCUUCUCGGAAUUCUCAGCACGCCCGACAAGGUCUUUUAAAGGGCAGGUUAUUGGUCUGAUUUAUGCCACACAGUACAUGAGGGUUCCUUUAAUACUACUCAACACCAUUUGCAUUGUUGUAAAGUUUGUUUCUGGCUGAUCCUCCUAGUCCUAGGUGUGACAUUCAAACACAUGAAUUACGAUUGUGUCUGAGGAUUGAUUUUUCCUCAUUUUGAUCUUUACAACUUUUCGUUCUUUUGAUUGCGCAUCCUCUGUCGUAUGUAACUUUAGUACCUCUUAUAUGCUUUCUGUAACUCUGUUGCCUAAACUUGAU